AUGAGGACUUCAGGAACGAGUCAACAGUACACUAACGGUGCCCAAUACAGCGCUCCAUCGACAGGAACAUCUUCAAAUGGGUACACAUCAGGUCAGCUGAGCCAAGGGCAAUCCUUUGUCGGUAGUCAACAAGAAGCGUCUGCUAGUGCGAUACAAAAUGGCGCACAAAGCCAAAUCGCGCUUGGUUCUUCUGGCACCGGCACUCAAAACGCCUACGAUACCGGUAUGAGCGCUGCAGGCGCACAACAACAGAGUUCAUCCAGCUCUGUACCCGGGUAUUUGCCAGAUUACCGAGGCGAUCAGCAAACCAACGCACAACGAAUUCAAGAAACACAAGAGCUAAACAGACCUUUCUUCCAAUCUAUCGGUGGCGAACCGAUUUAUUCUGGAGGAGUAGCCUCUUCUUCCUCAGCUUCCCAACCAUCUGCUUCCUCAACUGGAUCAGCAAAUGCGCCACAGACUGUUACAAGUAACACUUAUGGAGGUUACACUUCAGGCAAUGGUUAUGGUUAUGGUUACACCAAUACUGCGUACUAUAGUCCCAGCAGCUCGUCUGGAACGAAUGGUUACAGCUAUGCCGCCCCUAGUUAUGGUAUACCUUAUUCUUAUAGUAAUGAUCAAACCGUAUACAAUACAGCGGGAUAUCGCGGUGCUAACAAUUUACCGCCUGUCCAGCAAUAUACGACAACAGUGACACCACAGAGGACUAGUGUAGUCAAUACACAGCCUUAUUACGCCAGUACAUUACCGAACUAUGUUGGGGGUCAACCAUAUUAUGAUUCACAAGGGCAACAAAUUGGUACCUACGGGUACAAUCCAAAUGCACCUCGUAUUUCUUCAACUUUAGCAUCUGCAACACUGACACCACCGACAACAACAACAACAAAUGGAUUUGGUAGUUAUUCGGGUGUUACUGCACAACCACUGUAUACCAGUGACGGUACCUACGGUACAGGUACACCAACCUCAACAUAUCCAUAUUCCAGUACCCCUUACGCCACAACGGCGUCACCUCUCUACACAAAUACUGGAACCAAUGGGCAGUAUGGAACAAGUGGUGGUUAUGAAACCACACCUUUCCUUUAUACUACAUCUUACGCUCCAUACUCUACAACAGCUGCAUAUAGGAGAAGAUCUGUUCCGCAGAAACAGAAAUAA